UCUAAAAGGAGAGAAGCCUUCAGGGAAGUGAAGAGGAAAGAUGGGAGGGGCAGCUUGACAACUUGAAAGGCUAAGAUUGGUUUUGCCCAGGGCAUCACAAAAGCGCACUGUUGCUCAACCCAGCUCUGUGCCCUCGGAGUAACACAACCCUGUCCCUCCCAGUCCCAGCUGUAUAAACUCCCCAGAGGACAGGUGGCUUCUGGCUCAGGUUCCUGAAAGCUGAGGCGAUUCCACUUUGCGGCACCAUGUCUCUCUUGGCUCUUUCCUUCCUGUUGGCUCUGUUGGCUACAGGUGAUGCUAUCUACUGCUUCAACUGCACCAGCACUGAAGGUUACAACUGCAGUACAACCCCACAAAAAUGCACUGACACAGUCAACAGCUGCAUCACCAUUGCCCGGGAUGAAGACACAGGGUCCCAGGACAUAGAGAACCCAACUUAUGAAAAGAAAUGCAACUCGGACGAUCGCCUCUGUAACAAGUUCUAUGGGCUGGUGGCGGGGGAUUUUCGCAUGCGCUGGAACUCCAGUUGCUGCCGGGCCGACCGCUGUAAUGUCAACAAAGUAAUUGUACAAAAAGCGUCACAGCAGCCUAACGGCAUUCGUUGCAAUUCUUGCUUUGUCUUUGGCUCUGAUAUUUGUCUGAACAACACGGAGUUAGCCUGCACUGGGACUCUGACACAGUGCAUGCACUUUGCUACCACUGCCAAAAACGAGGAAUCCAAGCACCAACAGGUUGCCUUCACAGGAUGCGCCACCAAGACCAUGUGCGAAAUGGGAGCCGAAGUGCUGUUUGUUGCUGGCCGCAAUGUCAAAGUCAAGGUCAACCUGUGCAGCAGUGCACCAGGAGUCACCUCCCAAUAUAGUCUGGCGCUGUCUGUCCUGGCAGGGUUACUCUUUCUUGCCCGUUGGUCUUGAUUCUUUUUAUAUCUUCCCUCCCACAACUUCUGUUGGUCCUCUCCUGUUUUUUCUUCUGCUCCUGUAAGUUUUCCUUCAGUUCUCCACCCCAGACAUCCAUUCCAGCCAGGAACGGGAGAGGAAUUCAAUCCAUUUUGCAUUUAGAGGUGAACCUACUUGAUUUGCAAAUUCCAAAACAAUAAGCACACCAAAACACAGCCAUUCUGCGAGCUUUUGCACUUCUCUGAAUUUUGCAGUGAAGUUCUCCAGCCCAGUAAUGUGUUAAUACAUGCGCUCAGGUAAAAUGUGCAUAAAAUGCACCUAUUCGUAAAAACAUCAGUCAAAAUGCAUCACGUAAGGGAAAAUUGCUUUGCAAAAAUUUGUACGUUAUGCAGAAUUGCAGACAAACGGGGGUCUAUUUGGAUGAAAUAUGCAAUAAAAUGUAGCUGAAUUUUCACAAGGCCUUUUUAAAAACAACAGCAAUGAACUGAUGUGAAGAACUGAACUUAAGGCUGGAAAAAUGAGAAAUGAAGAGAAACUGAAACCGACAUAUUUGCUCACCCCUACUUAUAUCUCCCCUCUUGGAAUAUUUCUGCAUGUUGCCCUACAUCUUUCACUGAUGCUAUGGACUGAGUACGGUCAGAAAGCUCUUCACAGCCCCACAACGUCUGCCAAUGUUGACUUCAACCUAAGCCCACCACACCUUGAAGGAAGGAGCUUUGUAUUGUAUCCAGGCCUUCUCCACCUAUCCCCUGUAUGUAGGGUGUAUUGCUAAUGACUAUUGGGGGGGGGAGACCUUAGUCCUACGGAAGGUCAACAAACUCAUCUCAUAUAUCAGAGCCAUCACCAGUGUGAUGAACAGAGCAUAGGACAUGGACCAAGGUUACCCAUAGGCACCUGACUGGCCACUGUGAGAAAAGGACACUGGAGUAGAUGACCCCUUGUCCUGACCCAGCAGGGGCUUUUCUUAUAAGACCUGGGUUCAAAUCCCUGCACAGCCAUGGAACUCACAAUGUGACUUUGGGCCAGUCACUUGCUCUCAGAGUUGCUAUACCAAUAACAUGAAGGGGAAAAGGGCCUCUUGAGAAACCUUUGGAGGAAGGGUAGAAUCUCUGGUUGGUUCAGUUAGGUAUAGACUUUGGAUUUAAUGGAAAUGUUUAUCAUUUCACUCACCACAUUUUAAAGUCAGUCAAUUCUACUUUGUUUGGGAACCCUGCUGCUCAUUUUACUGCAUGAGGCCCCGGGCUUCUUCCCCAAAUGUCUUGCCCUGAUGGCAUCACUGGGUGGGGCAAAUAUUGAAAAUCAAUAUGUGCAGCCAACGAAGUGCAAAACUAUAAAAGUGGGUUAGAUUCCACUUAGUACUAGAUUCCCAUGAGAAAAGUGGUGCAUGCUCUGUGCCCCUCCUUCCCCCAGACAAAAUGUUAGUAACAAGGAAAUAAAAGAAAUUGGCCAAUCAGGUGGAUAUAUAU